AUGAAAAACACGACCAUCUGUGAAGUGAUUACCGGGGCUAUUUGGAAAAUGGACAGGCAAUGGAUGAUCGGUUAUAUUGGAUGUCAAGACCUUUUCACGGAAUGUGCUGGCGAACUUGAGCAAACUAGACCCACCGAGAUAGAAGAAGGGCAUCUGCUGCAAAUUCAGUGUCAGUCAAGUGACCUAGCAGAUAGCAAAACCAGUCAAAGAGCGACUGAAAUUUCAAAAAAUCAGGAUGGAGAAAUUAGAAUUCCCUGCUCCGAUGAAAAUAAUCAAACCACCCCAAUACCUAACAACCCCGAAGAGGUUCACCGGCCGACAUGGAAAGUUGAUGUUCGGUCUCAACAGAUGUUUUAUUGCAAAAUAUUCGUUGAACUCCUGGUUUUCUCAUCUCUAACGAAUAUGUCACGCUUUUGCAAACGACAGUCUCGGAUAGCACGAUAA